GCGGCGCUCGCUCCACGCGCUGUCGACCCCGCAACUUCAGCCCGCGCCGCAGCUGCCGGGAGCCGACGUGGGAGGGCCGCCGGCGCCGGGGCCUGGACUCGGGUACACGACUGCUUCCCGCGACGCUUUGUCCCUUCACCCGAGUGAGCGCGCUCAGGGUAGCUGCAAAGCCGGAGGUGCGGGCGGCCCCGGGGCAUUGCAUUGGCACGGAGGCUGUUAUUCUAAGCCGGAGACCUCAAGUGUCCUCCUGUCAUGACAAGGAGCCUUCGUCUUUAGGGCUACCAGCCAGACUCCCAGAAAUCAUGUUGGUAGGAUCCCAGUCCUUCUCGCCUGGAGGGCCCAAUGGGAUCAUCAGGAGCCAGUCCUUUGCGGGGUUCAGUGGCCUUCAGGAGAGGCGAUCCAGAUGUAACUCCUUCAUUGAAAAUUCCUGUGCUCUCAAGAAGCCUCAGGCCAAACUGAAGAAAAUGCACAAUUUAGGACACAAAAACAGCAGCCCUCCCAAAGAGCCUCAACCUAAAAGGGUGGAAGAGGUCUACAGGGCUUUGAAAAAUGGACUUGAUGAGUAUCUGGAGGUUCAUCAGACAGAGCUGGACAAGUUGACAGCUCAGUUAAAAGAUAUGAGAAGAAACUCUCGCCUGGGUGUGCUGUAUGACCUAGACAAGCAAAUUAAAACAACUGAAAGAUACAUGAGACGCCUGGAGUUUCACAUCAGUAAGGUAGAUGAACUCUAUGAAGCUUAUUGUAUCCAAAGACGCCUCCGAGAUGGUGCCAGCAAAAUGAAGCAAGCCUUCGCAAUGUCCCCUGCCAGCAAAGCGGCCCGGGAGAGCCUGUCAGAGAUCAACCGGAGCUACAAAGAGUACACAGAGAACAUGUGCACCAUUGAAGCAGAGCUGGAGAAGCAGCUGGGGGAGUUCUCCAUCAAGAUGAAAGGUCUGGCUGGUUUUGCUCGCCUCUGUCCUGGAGAUCAAUAUGAAAUUUUCAUGAAGUAUGGCCGACAGAGGUGGAAACUGAAAGGCCGAAUAGAAGUAAAUGGCAAACAGACCUGGGAUGGAGAAGAAAUGGUGUUCCUGCCCCUGAUAGUUGGAUUAAUUUCCAUCAAGGUCACAGAAAUCAAAGGGCUAGCAACUCAUCUCCUGGUCGGCAGUGUGACCUGCGAGACCAAAGAGCUGUUUGCAGCCCGGCCUCAGGUGGUGGCUGUGGACAUCAAUGACCUUGGCACCAUCAAACUCAACCUGGAAAUCACCUGGUAUCCGUUUGACGUGGAGGACGUGACCCCGUCCUCAGGCACUGGGAACAAGGCAGCCGCCCUCCAGAGAAGAAUGUCCAUGUACAGCCAGGGCACCCCAGAAACGCCCACCUUCAAAGACCACUCCUUCUUUUCGAAUCUACCUGAUGACAUCUUUGAAAACGGGAAGGCAGCUGGGGAGAAAAUGCCACUGUCCCUCAGCUUCAGUGACCUGCCCAAUGGGGGCUGCGCCCUCUCCCACAGCCCAGCCGGCUCUCUCCCCAGCGCGUGCUUGGCAAAUCCAGAAAUCACCAUCACCCCCGCGGAGCUGAACCUCGGCAGCCCCUCCUCCCAGAACGAGGGCCUGGAUGACUCCAGCUCGGCCUCUUCCAAGAGCUCCUUGGGAGAAGGCUCAGAGCCCAGGCCCCACCGGGAGGAAGAGACCGAGGGGCCCGGGAAACCUGAGGCCUGCAGAGCAUCCGCGGGUGCCCGGACGGAGCGCCUGUUCUUGGAGAAGGGUGUCGCAGAGGCCCUUCUGCAGGAGUCUGACGAGGCCUCUGAACUCAAGCCCGUGGAACUGGACACUUUUGAAGGAAACAUCACGAAGCAGCUGGUCAAGAGGCUCACCUCGUCAGAGGUGCCAGCGACCACCGAGAGGCUGCUCUUUGAGGGCUCUGUCAGUGGAGAGUCUGAAGGCUGUAGAUCGUUCCUAGAUGGAAGCUUAGAGGAUGCCUUUAAUGGGCUUUUCCUUGCAUUAGAACCACAUAAAGAGCAAUAUAAAGAGUUUCAGGAUCUGAACCAAGAAGUCAUGCACUUGGAUGAUAUUCUAAAAUGCAAGCCAGCAGUAAGCCGAAGCAGGUCUUCCAGUUUAAGUCUUACAGUUGAAAGUGCUCUAGAAAGCUUUGAUUUCCUGAACACCUCUGAUUUUGACGAGGAGGAAGAUGAUGGUGAUGAGGUUUGUAAUGUUGGAGGAGGUGCUGACUCAGUAUUUUCAGACACUGAGACUGAGAAAAAUAGUUACAGAUCGGUACACCCGGAAGCCAGGGGGCACCUCAGCGAAGCCCUGACUGAGGACACGGGAGUUGGGGCUAGUGUGGCAGGAAGCCCUCUCCCACUGACCACGGGAAAUGAAAGCCUGGACCUCAGCAUCAUCAGGCACCUCCAGUACUGCACCCAACUCGUCCAGCAAAUUGUUUUCUCAAGCAAAACCCCAUUUGUGGCCAGAAACCUCUUAGAGAAGCUUUCUAGGCAAAUCCAAGUGAUGGAGAAGCUCUCGGCCGUCAGCGAUGAGAACAUAGGAAACAUCAGUUCUGUCAUCGAAGCCAUACCGGAAUUUCACAAAAAGCUGUCUUUGCUGUCAUUCUGGACCAAGUGCUGCAGCCCGGCUGGGGUCUACCACAGCUCAGCGGACAGAGUGAUUAAGCAGCUAGAAGCCAGCUUUGCCAGAACUGUCAACAGAGACUAUCCCGGACUUGCAGACCCAGUGUUUCGCACACUGGUGUCCCAAAUCCUGGACCGGGCUGAACCCCUGCUUACCUCCAGCCUCUCCUCCGAAGUCAUCACUGUUUUCCAGUAUUACAGUUACUUUACGAGCCACGGUGUGAGUGACCUAGAGAGUUAUCUGAACCAGCUGGCCAAGCAAGUUUCCAUGGUUCAGACUCUGCAGUCACUGAGAGAUGAAAAACUGCUACAGGCCAUGAGUGACCUUGUACCCAGCAGUCUCCCGGCCCAACAGGAAAUACUCAGGACUCUGGCUCUGCUCUUAACCGGGGAUGACAGUGGAGUUAGUGAGGCUGUGAUGCUUUACUUGGCAGCAGCCUCCAGAAACGAGCAUUUCAGGGAAAAGGCCCUGCUCUAUUACUGUGAAGCCCUAACAAAGACUGACCUCUGGCUCCAGAAGGGAGCUUGCCUGGCCCUGAAAAGCCUGAAGGCUACUGAAAGCAUUAAAAUGCUGGUGACAUUGUGUCAGUCUGAUACUGAAGAAAUCAGAAAUGUGGCCUCAGAAACUCUCUUAUCUCUUGGAGAAGAUGGGCGGCUGGCAUAUGAACAGUUGGACAAAUUUCCUCGAGACUGUGUUAAAGUUGGAAGUCGUCAUGCAAGUGAAGUUGCCACGGCCUUUUAAUUACAAGUUAACUCUGCCUAACAGCUGUCUUAAUAAAUGGCCCUGUUACUCAA